CGCUAGAGCUGGUAGCCAUUUUGGUUUUGUAAUCUUGAAGGUGCCUAAACGGGGCACUGUAAAUCCUUACAAAGAUGUAUCGCGCCAUUCGGCAGCUCGCGGGAUUUAAUCCCGCUGCUGUCCAGCUAACUCAGAAUGUGGGAAAUAUGCAAAGCGCGUUGCCAGGGGUGAAUUUUAAACCAGACGUGGUAUUUUCCUCGGAACCCAAACAUGUACCCCUUUCAUCGACGCAACGUCUCCAGGAAAGACAACCUCUAGCUUAUACUGCAGCUCCAUCGCUGUCUCAAGUUAGGUUUAUGCAUGGAAGUCGGACCCUUCAGUCAGAGAAUGCCCUUACUGAAUCGAAACCUGAGGUAAAACUUGUACAUGGGAUUCCACCUCCUUCCUUUACAGACGCUAAAACAAACACCCAGUCUACUGAGAAUUCAAGGAAUUUUACUUAUGCUAUCACUGGGGCUGUUAUUGGCACUGGACUUGCUUUGGGAGCCAAAGCAGGGGUGCAAGGUAUUGUAGGUUUCAUGUCCAUCACUAAAGAUAUGUUGGCCUUGGCCAAGCUUGAGAUGAAGUUGGACAAAAUUCCUGAGGGAAAAGCAGUCACGGUGAAAUGGCGUGGUAAACCAGUUUUUGUCCGUCAUCGCACCCAAGAAGAGGUGAACAGGGAACGCUCUGUGGAUGUUAAAAAGCUAAGGGACCCACAGACAGAUGAAGAUAGAACGGUCAAACCCGAGUGGCUGGUAGUUGUAGGAGUGUGUACCCACUUGGGAUGUGUCCCUAUUGCCUUUGCUGGUGAAUACAACGGCUACUACUGUCCAUGCCAUGGCUCUCACUAUGAUGCUUCGGGAAGAAUAAGGAAGGGGCCGGCUCCAUUAAAUUUAGAGGUUCCUCAAGUGGAGUUCACUGAUGAUGGACGUCUCAUUGUUGGAUAAUGAAUAUCUAUUUUAAAUUAAUUUUUGUUUGAAUUCUAAGGUUUCACAGAGAGCAUUAAGUCUAGAUUAAAGGGUUAUUGGAACUGCCACCCUUUUAACCUUGCAGUAGUUGCUCAUUAGUCUUUUUCAUAAAGUUCUGUGUGAAAUUGUGUAAGUGGAAUAGUGUAUAUCUAUAUUACAAAGAAGAACUUGAAACGGAUGAAAACCAUUUCUUCACCUUUGAACAGAGAUCUAACAGCAAACCAAAAGAUAAAAAAGACUUAAUAGUGUUGGUGUGUUUUACUCCUUUCUGUUGUUACAAUUAUAUCCCAUGGCAAUGCGACACCUGGAGAAAAAUUUGAAUUUGUCAGUGCACUCUUUUUGUUCCAUCCGCAGUUAAAUACAAAAGCACUAUUAAAUCAUGAAAUGGUGAA